GAUUGGCAGGGUUGCAAUGGCUCUGCGGUUACAUAAAACGUCGGAGUAGGUGAUCGGAGAAAAUAGUGCAUGAGAAGGUGUGGAAAGUCACAAGACGGGCAGUUUGGUCUGUUUCAUGAUUCAUUUAAACGAGCAUGGCAGACGGGCAGAAGGAGGAGAGGCGGUCAAUAAGAGAUUCUGCCAAGUCUUUAAAAAAAUACGGAAGUACGUGCAAUCAUUUUAAACGUCAGGAUCAUUUUGUAAAACACUCUGUUGCUGAGGGCGAAACGUUACAAGGAAUUGCGUUAAAGUAUGGUGUUACCAUGGAGCAGGUCCGCCGUGUGAACCGCCUGUGGGCCUCUGAUAGCCUAUUCCUGCAGCAGACUCUCAUGAUUCCAGCACCCAGACCCGAAGUCAGUGACCGGGUGUUGGAUGACGAAAGUGUGCACUCGCCAAGCAGUCUGAGCAACAGUGACAGUGAAGAGAGAAGCAUCAGUGACUUCCUUGUAAAGAUUGACACGUCUAUUGCCAACACAAAAGCCCAAGUGAAGAAGUCUGUAGGAAACAGUGAGUUUGUGGACGAGCAUGAUGCCAUAUAUGCACGCAGAAAGGUUCCAGUUUCAAGGCUACGCCAACAGCAGUCAACAUCUGUCCAGAAUGAUAUCCUGACAGCACCACACCCUGUAGUGAUGACUCAGAGCCGCAAAGUGCGUUCAUCUCUCCAGAGACUGGAGAAGGAACAAGAUGAAAUAUUUGAGUUGUAGCAUUCGUUCACACGUUUGCACCAUUCACAAUUAUCAUCAUGGUGCAGCACGCCUUAUGACAUAUUUGAGGAGUACAAGACUUGUAAAUAAUGAAUGCACUGUAAAUAUAUACACCUUAUGUUCUACAUAUCCCCAAGUGGAGAAUGAACUCCUUUGCUUGUAAAUAAGUGAAAAUAAGUUUAGGCGCCACAUACUUACAUCCUGUAUUACUAGGUCCUCAUUCCCACAGUGUCUGAAGAAAAGAUGCCACUGUAACAGCACUGUGGUUUGUGUUCAUAGUCUGGGGUGCACUCCUUCAAAAGAUGAACAAAUAUCUUCAAUGAGAAAAGGACAUGUCAUUGGAAGAUGAGUGUAUAGCCCUCUAUAGUAGACUUACUACUACAGCUUUUAAUUCCCCAAAUAACCACAGCAGAACUUCCAACCAGCAACAUAAGGAAAUGGAAUGAGGUCAUAUUAUAAGAACAAGUCUAAGGAGAGACUUGCAGAAAUUUACAAGGAAAAUGUUUGUGAUAGUGUAUGGUCUUGUAGAUGGUUACCAAUGUUUUGGAGGAGCAUGUCACCUCCAUCUUUGGGGCAAAAGUGGAUCACAGGAAGUUUUUCUGAAACACUGGUUACCACCUAUACUCUUAUGUUGGGACCUGUGGCACAUCCUUUACAAAAUGAAAUGUUGGUCUAUUCCAGAUGGUUACAUAUCUCAUAAAAUAUUUAAUGUUACAUAUAUUUUGCAGCACAAUGAACUCGAUGAACUGGUUCAUAGUGAAGCACGGCUAAAAAUACGGAGACAUGUUGGGUAUUAGAUCUCGGUAGCAGCAAGUUAUUACGUUUAUCAUGUGCCUCCUUGUAUUCAAGACAUACUGUAGUGCACUUGUUAUACACCGUGUUGUGUGACGAGACCGCUACUCUUCUGUUGCUAGGUGACCACUUCUUCUGCCCUUUUAUUCUUGUGCUGCAAGCAUGAGGAGCACCUGCCCCUCAAAGCUUUAAGCCAGACAACUGCGUUAAGUUCUUACCCACGCGUGCCUCAGUGCAUGUAAGCAGAUGGAAGGAAACUACAGGCCACUAGAAGACUGUUUCGAGCACUAGACUAGGAAGUCAAACAGACAGCGCUGCUGUCGCCAUAGGCAAAGCCCUACAACAAGUUACACUGUUUUUGCAUGUAGUUGUGAGGACCAAACUGGAAAAAAUCUUUAGUGUCACAAUAAAAUAGUGAAGAUUACGUAAUGUUUUCAUGUUCAAUCACUCCAUUGCCGCAAUAUUUUUAAGUGGCAAUGUUGGUCUGUUGCAUCAAAAUGUAAAAUUCUCAUUGAUAUUUGCUGUAAUAAAACAUUGUACUAGGUUGA